AUGCCCGUCCGCAGGGACCAAGGGUCGCGUUUCAGCAAGAAGCCCGGCCAGCUCUACGACAAGACACGCAAAGUCAAGACGAUCGGGACUGGAGAUGUACGCUCUUCGGAAGCAACUUCACAAAAUGAGAAGAUCGAAGCCACGCGCCUGGGGAACAAGAUCGAUGACCAGCAAGGUUUCGAGCGAUUCGAAGCGGGCAAGAAGCGCGUGGGAUGGCUUUGCAACAUGCACAGUACCGCGCUCGAGGACUCCAAGGUCCCUGGUGGACGAGCGGCGGUGGACUUCUACUUCAUAGGCGACGAUGGCGAGACGUUCAAGGCGAGCGUAGAGUACGAUCCGUACUUCCUGAUCGCGGUCAAGAAGGGCAAGGAAGCAGAGGUGGAAGAGUGGGUGAGGAGAGGGUUCGAAGCGCUCGUGAAGACGGUGGAGAGGGUCGAGAAGGAGGAUCUCAAGAUGCCAAAUCAUCUACUGGGAUACCGGAGGACCUUUUUGAAGCUGGUCUUUGCCAACGUGAACGACCUGCUGGCUGUACGGAGGGAGAUCUCGCCUGUUGCGGCCAAGAACAAGUCGAAGAUGAGUGCCAUGGACGCAUAUGCUGAGGUCGCGAGCGCCAACGCGGGCUUCGACAUGUUUGAUGAAGACAACGAGAUUGAAACACGACGGACGACGAUUGCCGACGCCAGCGACAACAUUGUCGAUAUACGAGAGUACGAUGUUCCCUAUCACGUACGGGUGGCUAUAGAUCUCGACAUCCGGAUAGGAAAGUGGUACACCGUCGAAGCGAAGCACGGCCACAUCAAGCUCAGUUGCAUCGAAGAACGAUUGACCCGCGCAGACCCAGUCGUCAUGGCUUUCGACAUUGAGACCACGAAGAUGCCUCUGAAGUUUCCAGAUGCAUCCUUCGACCAGAUCAUGAUGAUAUCGUACAUGAUCGAUGGUCAAGGAUUCUUGAUCACCAACCGCGAGAUCGUCAGCGAGGAUAUUCAGGAUUUCGAGUACACCCCCAAACCAGAGUUCGAAGGCCCGUUUCUUAUCUUCAACGAGCCGAAUGAGGAAGCACUCAUUGAACGCUUCUUUGCAUGCAUCAAGGAAGCACGGCCAACGAUCAUUUCAACUUACAACGGAGACUUCUUCGACUGGCCAUUUGUUGAAGCCCGAGCUAGUGUCCACGGCAUCGACAUGUACCGGGAGAUUGGGUUCCGGAAGAACGCCGAAGACAUCUACCAGUCUACGCAUUGCGCACACAUGGAUGCCUUUGCGUGGGUGAACCGAGAUUCGUACCUCCCGCAAGGUAGCCGUGGCUUGAAGGCUGUAACGGUGGCCAAGCUGGGCUACGAUCCGGACGAGCUGGAUCCGGAGCUGAUGACACCGUACGCCUCUGAACGACCGCAGACACUAGCAGAAUACUCUGUUUCGGAUGCUGUGGCGACAUACUACCUGUACAUGAAGUAUGUACAUCCGUUCAUCUUCUCGCUAUGUACGAUCAUUCCAUUGGGUCCGGACGAUGUGCUGCGGAAAGGCACCGGUACGCUGUGCGAGACGCUGCUCAUGGUAGAGGCAUAUCAGAAGGAGAUCGUGCUUCCCAACAAGCAUGUACAGCCGCGAGAAGCCUUCUGGGAGGGCCAUCUGCUGGACUCGGAGACAUAUGUCGGUGGCCACGUUGAGAGUAUUGAAGCCGGUGUGUUUCGAAGCGACAUACCAAACAACUUCGCGAUUGACACAACCGCGAUCGACGAGCUCGUAGACGAUCUUGAUGCCGCCCUAAAGUUUGUGAUUACCGUGGAGGAGAAGAAGUCGAUGGAUGACAUCGACAACUACGACGAAGUGAAAGCGCAAAUUGUCGACCGAUUGCUGCAAUUAAAGACCACGCCAAACAGGAGCGAGAAACCUUCGAUCUACCAUUUGGACGUUGCCUCCAUGUACCCCAACAUCAUGACAACGAACCGGCUGCAACCGGACAGCAUGAUUGACGAGUCUGACUGCGCAGCCUGUGACUUCAACCGGCCUGGCAAGACCUGUGACCGCCGCAUGCCAUGGUCGUGGCGAGGAGAGUUCUUGCCGGCCAAGCGAGACGAAUACAACAUGAUUCGGCACGCACUCGAGAACGAGACCUUCCCUGGACGUGGACCGAACAGCCUUCCGCGCGCUUUUCAAGAUUUGUCGCUGGAUGAGCAGUCGGGAAUGGUGAAGAAGCGCCUGACUGACUACAGCAAGAAGAUCUACCACAAAAUCCACGAUGCGCGGACCAUGGAGCGGGAAGCAAUCAUCUGCCAGCGAGAGAACCCUUUCUACGUUAACACCGUGAGGGACUUUCGAGAUCGACGGUAUGACUUCAAGGGCAAGCAGAAGGUUUGGAAGGGCAAGACGUCGGAACUGGAGAAGGCUGGUGCGGCGGCCGGCGAGAUUGAGGAGGCGAAGAAGAUGAUUGUGCUUUUCGACUCGCUUCAGCUGGCGCACAAGGUCAUUCUGAACUCGUUCUACGGCUAUGUCAUGCGGAAGGGUUCAAGAUGGUACUCCUUGGAGAUGGCUGGCGUGACGUGCCUUACUGGUGCACGCAUCAUCCAAAUGGCGAGACAGCUGGUUGAGCGCAUUGGCCGGCCCUUGGAGCUGGACACAGACGGUAUCUGGUGUAUCCUUCCCGCUACCUUCCCGGAGAACUUCGCCUUCAAGAUGAAGAACGGAAAGAAGCUGACGAUAUCUUACCCCUGCGUGAUGCUGAACCACCUCGUCCACCGCAAGUUCACCAACCACCAGUACCAGACUCUCAAGGACCCAUUGACGUACAAAUACGAAACGCACAGCGACAACACCAUCUUCUUUGAAGUCGACGGCCCCUACAAAGCCAUGAUCCUGCCCACUUCAAAGGAAGAAGACAAGAAUCUGAAGAAACGCUACGCAGUCUUCAACAACGACGGCUCUUUGGCCGAGCUGAAAGGCUUCGAGAUCAAGCGGCGAGGCGAGCUCAAGCUCAUCAAAAUCUUCCAGCAGCAGAUCUUCAAGUUCUUCCUUGAAGGGUCGACGCUGGCGGAGACGUAUGGCGCGGUUGCGAAGGUGGCGAAUAAGUGGCUCGAUGUGCUGCACUCGCAUGGUUCGACGCUGGCGGAUGAGGAGUUGAUUGAUCUCAUUUGCGAGAACAAGAGUAUGACGAAGACGCUGGAGGAGUACGGGACGCAGAAGUCAACGCCUAUUACCACAGCCAAGCGAUUGGCGGAGUUCUUGGGCGAGCAGAUGGUCAAGGAUAAAGGAUUGAACUGCAAGUUCAUUAUCUCUUCUCGACCGAAGAACGCACCUGUCACCGAGCGAGCCAUCCCUGUUGCCAUCUUUUCAGCAGAGGAGUCCGUGAAGCGCUUCUACCUGCGCAAAUGGCUGCGAGAGGAUCCUGGUGAUAUGGAUCCUCGGACUGUCAUCGACUGGAACUACUACCUGGAACGUCUGGGCUCAGUGAUCCAGAAGCUCAUCACCAUCCCUGCCGCGCUGCAGAAAGUCACCAACCCCGUCCCCCGCGUGCCUCACCCCGACUGGCUGGCACGUCGGAUACGGAACAAGGACGACAAGUUCCAGCAGAAGAAGAUGACGGACAUGUUCUCGAAGCAACCUCUCGGCGAGAUCAGUGCGAACGAAGCAAGCGGCCGAGGAGCGCCAUCCGGUGAUCUUGAAGACUUCGGCGCAACGCCCAUGUCGAAGCUGAAAAAUGCCACAGCAGCAAGGAUCCUGGGCGCGCAGAAGCGGAAGGCUGCUGAGCAGGAAGCUACAGCGCCAGUGGACCCGUACGACAGUCUGCCGAAGAAGAUGCCUUCGAUCACUGAAGACUAUAAGGGCUGGCUGCAAUAUCAGAAGAAGAAGUGGAAGAUCCAGAAACAAUCUCGUAGACGACGACGGCAGCUGUUCGGUGACAAGCGGCUCGAUGCAACCGACUCCAUUGGCACGUUCUUCCGUGCGCAGGCCGAGAUGGUGUACACGGCCGACUGGCAGGUGCUGCAGCUUCGGGAGACGGAUACGCCUGGACAGGUGCAAGCGUUCGUGCUAAUCGACAAGAAGAUACAUCAGCUGAAAGUCGUCGUGCCGCGGCAGGUCUUCCUCAAUCUAAAAGAGAACGAGCUCCCCGAUGUCACUGUCGACGGCGUCAGCGCUGAGAAAGUGAUCAACUACACGCUCCCGAACGGACACCCGUCGACGCAUCUUUUCAAGCUCACGAUGAGCGAGCAAGUGUACGUCAAAGAAACUGAGAAGCUGUCGAUGCUGUUCAACCACAGCAGCGUGGAGGGCGUGUACGAGAAGCAAGUACCGCUUAACGUUCGAGCAAUGCUGGAACUUGGCUGCGUCUGCACCUUUGACGAAAGUCAGCGUGGUGUUCUUGGGAAGGGGCUAGAGCAGGGUUUCGAUCUCUCAACUCUGCGGACUGUGCCGGCGAAGCAGCCGUAUAUGAGUACCGCGUCGCUGGGGUAUCUGGCUUUGUAUCACAUCAAUGCUGGGGAGAAGCAGAUCUACUGCCUCAUCUCGUCAGGUAAAGCAGAGGCGAAGAUCAUUGUCCUCAAUCGCGCGAGAAGCGAACAGGGGAUGCCGAACGUCGACCGCAUUUACCAGGACGCCCUGCAAAGAAAGCUCGAAGAGACGGGCGGCGAGCCGUGGCAGAACGUACUCGAGUACCAAGAGUCGCUGCACUUCCGGACGGUACAAGUGACGACACAGCGGCGCGCAUUCCAGGAGCUCGGCGAUGAAGUCAAGAAGAUCCAGAAAGAGGAUUCGCGGCCUACGAUGCUGGUCGUCCAGUCGCCAAAUGCGCAGAUGUUGAUGCACGAUCUGCCUGCUCUGCAGAACUUCCCGGUGUUGAAGCUGACGCCGGAUGAGAACGAUAAGCAGCUGCCACCGCUCGGCUGGCAGUCGUUCGUGGCGAAGAGGCUAGUGAGCCAUUUCCUCGAUCUCGGGCUGUGGGUUCAGCAUCUGCUUGAGUUCUCGAGAUACGGUAAUGUCCCGCUCUGCAAUCUGGAGCGAGACGAUCCACGGUUCUUGAUCGAUAUCGCGUACGCUCGACGACUGCAGAAGGAGCGAGUGGUUCUGUGGUGGUCACAAGAUGCGCGGCCAGAUCAUGCUGAUCACCAGAAGGACGAUAUUCUCGGCGCCAUGGAGACGAUCGAGAUGCCUGCGGUCAAUAAUCCAGGCACCUAUUCUUCGGUGUGCAUUGAUCUGAGUGUCAAGAAUCUGGCGAUCAACACUAUUUUAUCAGCUGCGGUGCUGAACGAUGCUGAGGGUAGCGAUCCGAUCGGCAUCUCUGGCGCCGGUGCGCAGGAGGAUGCUCUAGAUGACACGUCGCAGAAUUUCCACUCCGAGAACUCCUUCGCUACCGCUGGCAUUGGGGCGUUGCGGGAGAUGGUCCGUGGAUGGUGGCAAGAAGCCUGCACUGGCGCUGCUGGGACAGGCACGAUGGCGGAUGUGCUCGUCCAACAUCUCGUCAGAUGGGUGGAAAGCCCGAGCUCGCAUCUCUUCGACAGGAACCUGCACUACUACGUUCAGAUGAUGUCGCGCAAGGCGUUCCAGCAGCUAAUGUCGGAGUUCAGACGAGUCGGAUCCCACGUCGUCUUCGCGAACGCCGGUCGCUUGCUGCUGCAGACUUCGAAAGCUGAGGUCGGCAAUGCCUACGCAUACAGCCAGUACAUCCUCAAGACCAUCAGCACGAAGCCGGCGUUCCACUUCCUCGACCUGGCCAUCACGGAGUACUGGGAUUAUCUGGUGUGGUAUGAUGAGUUCAACUACGGUGGCAAAGGCUGCGUUGAAGUUGUUGAGGCGGAAAACCAGAACCUGGAUACCAUUAUGCAUUGGCAGAUCGCUACGUUCCUCCCACCGAUCAUUCAACCGAACUUCAACGACUGGAUCGUCGAGUACAUCACCCUGAUGCAUGAGCGAAAGCGUCCGGCUGGUCUCGUGAACGGUACACCGCGGCCGACACAACUGCCCAUCCAUGCCUCCCUCUUCAACUCCGAGAAGGACGACCAGACGACCCCGGGCAACGUCCUCGCCAAAUCCUUCUCCCGCCCCUUGCAAAAGCAGAUCGCCGCUCUCGUCAAACGUCAGCGCACAGAGUCCAUGCAUGAAGAUCUAGCUCAGGACUGGCAGUUUCCCAGCAUGCCCGGCUCGCAUCUCAAUCCGCAAAACCCUGCAUUGGAAUUGGUGAAGAGCAUCAUGCAAGUGCUCAGCCUCGACAAGACCAUCACGCUCGAAGCCCGUCUGCUCCGCAAAGAACUGCUACACCUCUUCGAGAUCCGCGAAUUCAGCCCCGAAGGCGCCUUCUCCAACCCCAGCACGAGCCUCUGCCUACGCCAGCUCAGUUGCCAGGAAUGCUGCGUGCCAAAAGACAUCGAUCUAUGCCGGGACAGCGAACUCCUCGCCACCACCCCACCCGUUCUAGCGCCCGAAUGCGACAACUGCGGCGCUACAUUCGACCGCCUGAGGAUCGAAGAGCGCUUGCUGGGCGAUGUGCAGAAGCUGGGCGUGCAGUGGAUGACGCAGGAUGUCAAGUGCAAGAAGUGCGCGCGGAUACGGAUGAAUGAGUUUAUGGAGCACUGUGGUUGUGCGGGAGAGUGGGUGGGGACGAUGAGGAAGGAGGAGAUGGUGAGGGGGUUAAGGGUGCAUGGGCGAGUGGCGGAGUUUUAUGGGUUGAAGAUGCUUGGGGGGUUUGUUGAAGGGAUGGUGGGAGCAUUAUAA